UUUUGAUUGCUCGGUAACAUCUAUGACCUCGAUUGCUGUUAUUAGCGGAGAACUUUCAAAACUCGACAUAUGUAAGCGCUCGUGAACAAAUGGUUAAAGGGAUUGCUGUCCUUUUCGAAUAUGAAACGCCAAAGCUUGUACAGAUUUCCAACAUCAGAAUCGGAGUUACUCAACGUUUACUUCAAUUGGUUAUUCUUAUAUAUGUCGUUUGCUGGGUCAUGAUUUAUGAAAAGGGAUAUCAAGAGAAUGAUAUAGCUAAAAGUGCAGUCACGACUAAAGUAAAAGGAGUUGGCUUUACAAAGUUCUCUCACAUUCCGGGGAUCGGGAUGCGGAGUUGGGACGUGGCGGACUAUAUAGUACCACCUUUGGAAAACAAUGCACUGUUUGUGAUCACCAAUUUGGUCAAAACUGAACGUCAGUCACUUUCCAAGUGCCCAGAGAGUUCAUGGGUCCCUGAGGCAGCUUGUUAUAAAGACUCUGACUGUAAACCUUACUUUAUUUCCCAUCUUGGCAAUGGUGCUCAUACAGGCAAAUGUAUCAUUAAACCAGGGAAUGAUAUUGGAUCAUGUGAAAUAUAUUCUUGGUGUCCCUUAGAAAAUGAUACUCUACCGCUUGGUAGAAAAUCAUUUUUAUUUCCAAUGGUUUAUAAUUACACUCUACUUAUCAAAAAUGAUAUAAAUUUUGAAAAAUUCGGUAUACAUCGACGAAAUAUUCAAAAUUGGGCAUCCAAAAAAUUUCUUCGUACAUGUUUGUAUAAUAAAACUGAUCCAGAAAAUCGAUUUUGUCCAAUAUUUCAAUUUGGUACCAUUUUUGAAGAAGCUCAUGUAGAUCAAUCAAUAUUUAUUAGUGGUGGUGUAAUCGGGAUUGAUAUUGAUUGGAAAUGUGAUCUUGAUUGGGAUGUUCAAUAUUGUAAUCCAACUUAUUCAUUUCGACGAUUAGAUGAUGCACAUGCUAAAAUAGCUUCAGGAUUUAAUUUUCGUUGGGCCAGUAAUGAAAAUCUGAAAGAAAUAGACGGCCGUUUCAUCCUCGUACAGGACUCCUAAGAAAUGUUUACUCACAACCCCACCAUUAAAAACCGAACCCAAGGCCUUCAGUAUCUCACGAGAACGCUUAACUUCUAGACCAUUGAGCUUGAAUCCAAUGAUGUAUGGGUCUAACUCCAAUUAAUUUGUGAUAUAAAGUGACCAUCUUCUACUGUCUGCAAUGGAAAAUUAUCCCACACCAGACAUGAUUGAACAUAACUAGUCACGAUUUUGCACUACAACUCUAAAAUUUUCUUCCCAAAGUCAUUCACUAAUGAGGACAUAAUCAUUAUCACUAUGCUCAUUUUUACAGUGAAAAUGGAACUAACUAUCGAGAUUUGAUAAAAGCUUAUGGUAUAAGAUUUGUUAUUCAUGUUAGUGGUGAGGCUGGUAAAUUUCAUCUUCUUCCAUUGACAAUGAAUAUUGGUUCAGGUUUAGCUUUACUCGGUUUGGCGCCAACUGUUUGUGAUAUAAUCGCAUUAAAUCUUUUACGAUCAAGAGAUAUUUAUCAACGUGCAAAAUUUGAAACAAUUGCCGAAGAACAAGCUCAUUUAUCUAGUCGUCGUGCUGAUAAAGCACAACGUAAAAAAUAUGGUUUAUCUAAACGUAAUACAGAAACAAUAAAUGAGAACUCAGAUGAAAAUGGUAAAAUUAUACAAUGGAAAGAUGAUCAAGAAUUUACAGUAAGUGAUACACAAACUAUACAUUCAUCAACAUAAACAUUUGAAUAAUUGUAAAUUCAAAUCAAGUGGUAUAUUUUUGCUUUUUUUGCUUUUUUCUCUAAACUAAAAAAGAGAUAGAAUUGUUUCCUUUAAUUUUCACUUAUAUCUUUUUAUUGUUAUUUACUCGUACAUAUUUGAUGGUAGUUGCAUUAUAUCUUAACUUCUUUUAAUAUCAGUUAUGCAUUUCUUUUUUAUGUUGCAAUGUUAUACAUGACAAUUGUCUAUAUGUUACCAUGUACAUUAUUAUCUGUUUACAAAUCAUUACUAGCAUCGAAUACAAGGAUUAAUAUACAUUAGAAAGUAUAUAUAUAUAUGGUUAUAAUACUUAUAAAUCUGUUGUAAAUGUUCACAAACUCUUACUAUUAUUACCAUUUGUCUGCUUUAAAUGUUAUUCCUUUAUUCUCUAUUUUGUAUUCAACCAGUUUCUAUUCGGUUAUCUGUUGUUGUUUUUUUUAAUUUUUAAUUUCAUUCCUGUUACGAAUUGUUUAUUGAGAAUGAACAAGGAAAAAAAAACUGCAUUUUUCUCGCCCCCCCUUCCCCCCCCAAAAAAAAAAAUAAACGAAAAAGAAAAUAGAUCAGUUGUAUCCGAAUAUGAAAAAAAUUGUUUAAAUAUCAAUUGUUUACCAUCUUCUAAAAAAAUUACUAUCCAUUUAGCGCUUGGAAACAAAAAAAACUCUUUUUUGAGAAACAUAUUUUUUUCUUAGAUGAAAAAAACUAAUAAUCAAUAAAUUGGAACUAAUCAUAACAUCUAAGUAUUUAUAUUAAAUUUUUACUGCGUUUACUAUGAUGUAACUUUAUUUUAUUUAUUUGGUGAAAGAAUAUAAUUUGUGAUGUUGUUUAUUUUUCUCUUUUAAUUCUUUAGUCUUUUUUUUUAUGAUAAAAUUAUUUUACAAACAUUAUUGAUGAUAAUCUCAAUGUAUUUUGCAUUUGUCAAAAGUAUACAUCUAUGAAUUAUUAUAAGUAUAUAUAUA